AGUCGUGGGACGCUCUGGGCGGCCGCACAUCCUCGGCCGCGUGGGGAUUACACCUGGGCAGGUAAGGGCAGGCCCGAGGGGGCGGGGCCCCAGGGCGGAGCCCAGGCCCGGCCCACAAGAGCCAGUGGCCUCUCCGGCUGCUGGAUGCCUGCGCUGCACUGGGAGCAGAACAGAGCGUACCCAGCUCGCGCUCACGCGAGCCCCGGACCCUUUGGAACUGAGUGAGCUUGCCUGUGCCCCACAGUCCCAUCCCUGCCAUGGCUCCUGGAGAGAAGAUCAAAGCCAAAAUCAAGAAGAAUCUGCCCGUUACGGGGCCUCAGGCGCCCACCAUUAAAGAGCUGAUGCGGUGGUACUGCCUGAACACCAACACCCAUGGCUGCCGCCGCAUCGUGGUGUCCCGCGGCCGCCUGCGGCGCCUGCUCUGGAUUCUGUUCACGCUCACAGCCGUGGCCCUGAUUUUCUGGCAGUGUGCCCUCCUCGUCAUCUCCUUCUACACCGUCUCUGUCUCCAUCAAGAUCCACUUCCAGAAGCUGGAUUUUCCUGCUGUCACCAUUUGCAACAUUAACCCUUACAAGUACAGUGCUGUGCGGGACCUUCUAGCCGACUUGGAACAGGAGACAAGAGGGGCCUUGAAAACCCUGUAUGGCUUUUCGGAGAUUAAGUCUCGGAAACGCCGAGACACAGAGUCCUGGAGUUCGGUCUGGGAGGGCACACGGCCCAAAUUCCUCAACCUGGUCCCACUGCUGGCCUUCAAAGAGGGUGAGAUGGGCAAGGCCAGGGACUUCCUCACAGGGCGGAAGCGGAAAGUCAGCGGGAGCAUCAUUCGCAAGGAAUCAGAUGUCAUGAACGUCCACGAGUCCAAGGAGGUGGUGGGAUUCCAACUGUGUUCAAAUGACACGUCCAACUGUGCUGUCUACACCUUCAGCUCGGGGGUCAAUGCCAUCCAGGAGUGGUACAAGCUGCACUACAUGAAUAUCAUGGCCCAGGUGUCUCUGGAGAAGAAAAUCAACAUGAGCUACUCUGCCGAGGAGCUACUGGUUACUUGCUUCUUUGACGGGGUGUCUUGCGAUGCCAGGAACUUCACACUUUUCCACCAUCCGAUGUAUGGGAAUUGCUACACAUUCAACAACAGACAAAAUGAAACUAUCCUCAGCACCUCCAUGGGGGGCAGUGAAUAUGGGCUGCAGGUCAUCUUGCACAUAAACGAAGAGGAGUAUAACCCCUUCCUGGUGUCCUCCACUGGGGCCAAGGUGAUUAUCCACCGGCAGGAUGAAUACCCCUUCGUCGAGGACGUGGGAACGGAGAUUGAGACGGCGAUGGCCACUUCCAUAGGGAUGCACCUGACAGAGUCCUUCAAGCUGAGUGAACCCUACAGCCAGUGCACAGAGGACGGGAGUGACGUGCCAGUCGAGAACAUCUACAAGGCUGCCUACUCCCUCAAGAUCUGCCUUCACUCGUGCUUCCAGACAAAGAUGGUGGAGAAGUGUGGGUGCGCCCAGUACAGCCAGCCUCUGCCCCCAGCGGCCAACUACUGCAACUACCAGCAGCACCCCAACUGGAUGUACUGUUACUACCAACUGCACCAGGCGUUUGUCCGGGAAGAGCUGGGCUGCCAGUCGGUGUGCCGGGAAGCCUGCAGCUUUAAGGAGUGGACACUGACCACCAGCCUGGCGCAGUGGCCGUCUGAGGUUUCCGAGAAAUGGUUGCUGUCCGUUCUCACGUGGGACCAAGGUCUGCAAAUAAAGAAAAAACUCAACAAGACAGACUUGGCCAAACUCUUGAUUUUCUACAAAGACCUGAACCAGAGAUCCAUCAUGGAGAACCCUGCCAACAGCAUCGAGAUGCUUCUGUCCAACUUCGGUGGCCAGCUGGGCCUGUGGAUGAGCUGCUCCAUCGUCUGCGUCAUUGAGAUCAUUGAAGUCUUCUUCAUCGACUCCCUCUCUAUCAUUGCCCGCCAGCAGUGGCAGAAAGCCAAGCAGUGGUGGGCCCAGAGGCAGGCGCCCCCCUGCCCCGAAGCUCCCCCCAGCCCUCAGGGCCAGGACAACCCAGUUCUCGAUAUAGACGAUGACUUGCCCACUUUCACCUCCGCUUUGCACCUCCCGCCAGCCCCAGGGACCCAGGUACCUGGCACACCACCCCCUAAAUACAAUACCUUGCGCUUGGAGAGGGCCUUCUCCAACCAGCUCACAGACACCCAGGUGCCAGCUGAGUUCUGAGGCAGGGUGGGCAAGAAAGAUCUAGCCAAGACUACUAGUCAGGGGCUGAGAACUCCUGGACACAGAGAGGACCCUCUGCGCCCUCUCUGGGCCUUUCAAAGACAUUGACUAAAAGUCUGCCUUGAACAAGAUGGGCCUGGGCGUGUGCAGGGGACUUGUUGGACCAUCCAGAUUGAGAUAGAUCCUGCGGGCCUAACCCUUCGCACAUCUGCUGCAGAGAGAGAUGGGGCCCAGGAAAUGGUCGGCCUGGGCUCAGGCCAGAGGGAAGCCUGACGGAGCUCUUCGCCAGACCUGGAGAGAGAACAACUCCUCCACAGCCCCACCCGGGGUUUCACUUACUCCCCCAGCCCGAGCUGGGGCCCAAGGAUGUGACCUUAGGUACUGAGAACAGACAACCACUGCCUGGUGCCAAAGAGAGGAGGAAGCACCAGCCUGGAGCUGGAGCUGUUUGUGAAGAAACUGUCCUGAGUCAUUGACAGUGGGGCAAGGUCUCCUGUGUGCCCGCAGGCAGGGAGCUGGCCCGAGGACCUUGGAGUGUGUAGCUGGGAGGGGCGUCUGCGGAAGGUCUGCAGGUGUGACAAGAGGCCUUCACUUGGGGGUGUGGGUGGGGCCGUGUUCUGAACAGCUGAGCCAGUGCCCUGGGCCCCUCACCCAAGCAGAGAAGGGCCAGUUAGAGGGCAUUGUGGACACUCCUGUCCAGCGGUAGUCCAAGGCUUGGAGGAUUGGCUACCAAUAAGCUACCUCAGCUGCUCUUUCUCCAAGGCAGACCCCCACCGAUGGUCUGCCCCUCACCAGCGAGCCAACCACCGUAUUCACACUUCUGACGUGAGAAUAGCUAACGGGUAUCAAGUACACAGCAGUUGUUCGAUGUCAGAACCGUGUCCUGGUGCCUCUAGGCACGGACAGAGAUCAGCAUGGGGGACAGCAAACUGCAGCCCGCAGGCCAAAUCUUGCUUUUGCCCGUGAGCUAAGAAGAGCUUUUUUUUUUUCAUUUUUAAAUGGCUAAAAAUAUCAAAAGAAAAAUAUUUGGUGACUCAGGAAAAUUCUAUGAGAUUCAAAUUUCCGUGUCCAUAAAUAAAGUUUUAUUGGUACACA